ACGGCAAUCUCACAAUGGAAGGCGAAAUGAGAAAAAUGCUUGUCAUAUUUUUUUCAAGAAACCUUAGGGCCUAUACUUGUUUCAGUAUGAGUAAGAGGAAACUUAAAGUGAGCGGUGAUAAGAAAGCAGACAAGAGCUGCAGAUUAAGAAUUGUUGGUAAUGAAGAAACACCGGGUGAUAAAACCCAUCAGGAACCAUCUUCCAGCAGCUUCCCUCUUUCUGCCACAGGAGAUACCGGCCUUAUUGAAAGUGUCAGUAUGAAGAAUUUCAUGUGUCACCAUAUGCUCGGUCCAUUCCAGUUUGGGCUAAAUGUGAAUUUCAUCGUCGGCAACAAUGGAAGUGGAAAAAGUGCAAUCCUGAAUGCCCUGACUGUCGGCCUCGGUGGAAAGGCAAUCGUCACAAACAGAGGAGUGUCCCUGAAGGAUUUUGUAAAGACUGGUGAAGAUGCUGCAGAUAUAACCAUAAAUCUGAGAAACAGAGGACCAGAUGCCUAUAAAAGUGACGUGUACGGCGACUGCAUCUCUGUUGAGCAUCACAUCUCUUGCAAUGGAACUCGAACCUGCAAACUGAAGAGCAAAUCAGGAAAACUUAUCUCACACAAAAAGGAGGAGUUGACGGCCAUCUUGGAUCACUUCAACAUCCAGGUGGAUAACCCAGUGUCCAUUCUUAACCAAGAAAUGAGCAAACAGUUCCUGCAUACAAAAAGUGAAUCAGACAAGUAUAAGUUCUUCAUGAAAGCAACUCAGCUGGAACAGAUGAAGAGGGAUUACACCCAGAUCAAACAAACUACAACAGUCACACGACAGCAGGUCAAGAGACAAGAGGAAUGUCUCAAGGACCUGAAACAGGAGUUUCUAAAGAAGAAAGAGAGGUAUGAAACUGUGUCAUCCACCAGUGAGAUAAAGGUCCUUGAGAAUCUGAAGAAAAAAAUGGCAUGGUGUUUGGUCAGAGAGAAGGAGGUGUUAGUACAGCAGCUGAAGGAGGACAUUGAAAGGGAAGGGAAUAAUGGCAAACAUCAGAAGAACCUUCAGCUCUAUCAGGCUAAGGUCAUCCAAUUAGAAGGGAGGCUUCAGUCCGUAAAGAGCUGUAUUGACAAUCUGAGAGAGCAACAAGACUCUUUGUCAGAUGACUGUCACAAGUUGAAAAUACAAGUGAGGAUUAUUAACAAAAGUCAUAAGGAAAAGGAGCUUGUCUAUUUUCAGGUUCUGAACAAACUCAAGCACUCAGAGAAGGAACAAAAUCUUCUUCAGAAGAAAAUAAACAAUGCAAAAACAAGCAGGAGCCCAAACGAAGAUGGAGAGACAGAGUACACUAAACAGAAGAAGAAAAUAUCUAGCCUGAAAAAGGAGCUUGCAGAGCUUGAGAGUGAGUGCUCACAGCUGAAUCAAGAGAUCAAUAGCAAACAUCAGGCACUUUUCAAAAGAAGGGAAGAGCAGGACAAGCUGAGAUUGGAAGAAAGAAACAUCCAACAAUCAUACAAGUCUAAACUUAUGAGAAAGACUCGGUUCCUCGCCAGUCAAUCAAACAACCUGAAGCGUUUUGGAGAUAAUGUACCCGACCUGCUGAAUUCCAUUUCUGAGGCGCAUGCCAAAGGACGCUUUCUCAAGAGACCUCUUGGUCCCAUUGGAGCCUGUUUCAGUCUGAACGAUCCCACGUUGGCAUUAGCUGUGGAGUGUUGUCUGCGGACCCUCAUGAAGACUUUCUGCUGUGACAACUACAAGGACGAGGCAGUCCUUCAGGAGCUGAUGUCUACCUAUUAUCCAACGGGCACCAGGCCAAAAAUCAUUGUCUGCCCUUUCUCAGACAAACUGUACAACAUUCAAAGACGGAAAGCAUAUCACCCUGAAUGUCAUACUCUGAUUGACGUAAUCACAGCACCAAGCCCGGUCAUCAUAAACUGUCUCAUUGAUAUAAGGGCGAUAGAAUCUGUUCUGAUCAUCAAGGAAAAAGACAUAGCGAGGAGGAUCAUGCAGCAAGGAGAGUCACCCCUAAACUGUCGUGAGGCCUUCACUGCUGAGGGAGAUCAGGUGUAUCACAACCGUUAUUAUACCUCUGACUGCAGCAGAGCCAAGUAUCUGGGCGUGAAUCUCGAGACUGAAAUAAGCGUGUUGGAGUCAGAGUUGGAGAAUCAGCAGGCUCAGCUGUCCAGGUUUCAGCUUCAAGUGACCUUUUUGUCUAAUGACAUCUCGUACAUGGAGAACAAGCUGAAUACCGCCAUUACCAUCCUGAAGAAAACUCUGGCCUCUGUGAAUCAAAUCAAGGCAACUAUAACUGAGCUGCAGACGGCUGGAGAGGAGCACGCUAGUGACAUCAGCUCCUUGGAAGAAGUUGCCAAUGAGAACAGUCAGAAGAUCAAGACAGAGAAACAGGCUGUUGAUGAAGCAAAGUUGGAGCUAGACAAAUGCUGGAAAAAGGCAGAGGACAUGGAGUCAGAAUACUCUUCUGUCAGGAAACGGUUUGAUCAACUCCUUGAAGAGAGGGAGCCCUUAAAGCAUGAACAAGAGAAGCUGGAGGCUGAGUGUACAAAGUGUAAACAUAAUUUUAAGAUCAUAGAGAACCAACUUAAGGCUCAUGAAGACAACAUCCAAGCUAUGAAAAGUGACCUUGCGCAAAGAGAAGAAGAGUUACAGGAAUAUGUGGCCAAAGCCUCAGAGAUCAGUCCUGAGCGGCAGCAGGUGAGCGGCAGCACCAUGAGCAUCGACAGAGAAAUCACUCAGCUGAAGGAGAAAAUCAAAGUUUUGGAGAGCAGCCAUGGAGGCCAUUUUCUGUCCUGUGCCCUCAUUAGGGAGUACGCAGAGGCCCUCGCUCUCUACAGAAAGAAAACCAACCACGUGACAGAUCUGCGGGGGUUCAUUGAUCGACUUGACAACAUCAUGUCAGACAGGAGCAACAGAUACAAAGUCAUGCGUAGGUCUCUCUCUGUCAGAUGCAAGCUGUACUUCAAUAACUUUCUCAUAAAGAUGAACUGCUGCGGCGCCAUGAUUUUUGAUCACAUCAAUGAGACGCUCUACAUCUCGGUUGGGCCUACAGAGAGGGAGGAUGAAGCUGUGAGGGACACGAGGUCACUGUCAGGCGGUGAACGCUCCUUCUCCACUGUUUGCUUCAUGCUCUCCUUGUGGGAGAUCACAGAGUCACCCUUCAGAUGCCUCGAUGAGUUCGACGUCUACAUGGAUAUGCAAAAUCGCAGAAUCUCUCUGGAUCUCCUCCUGGAUCUGUCUCAGCGGCAGCAACUUCGACAGUUUAUCUUCAUCACUCCCCUCACCACCAGAAAUUUGCCUAAAAGCAGCCUCAUCAAAGUCCACCAGCUUCAGGGUCCACACAAUCAAAGGGAGACUGAGGAUGAAGACGUUUGAAGUGAGCUCUAGAGACCAUAACAUAAAGAAUGUUUAUGUGCACAGUCAUUUAUUUUUCAGCCUUACCAUACUGUAUGUGUUUGGGAGUUCCACUCUUUGUUUCUUUAAUGAGAUAGUGUAAAGGAUGUGUUAUAUGUAAAAAUGUUGUGUUAUUCAUUAUUCUGUAACUCAGUUUUCUGUGUGUUUUAGAAUGCUAGUGUUCAUUAUUCCUGAAGUUAAAAAUCUGUUUAGAUGUAGUAUACAUUUUAGUUUAAAUGUUGGUGACUUUUGCAUCCGGAGUUUGGUACUAAAGAUCAAACCAUUUUACUCUAUGAACUCAACUUGACACUGUUAGUAUUCUCACAACAAGCAAUCUAUUGGUGAAGUUUGCAACUAGUCACGGACAAACACUGAUCAUCUUUGGCAUCAUCUAUGUGACAUUAACUUGAGCUCUAUCUAAUUCUCUCCCUUGUUGAGAACCUUUAAUCUAACAGUAUUUAAACGGUAUUACUGUCAAGACUCAUGUCUAUUGUUCUAAUAAACCUUUUGCAUAACCUAAACA